AUGUACAAAUCUUUUCCUGCGCCAAAGUGGUCGUCAUCUCUUAUAUUACUUUUUGGCUUCUUAUUUGGUGUACUUUCUUCAAUUACCAAUGUAGUUAAUGCAGUACCCGCUGAUAUUCCUAAUGUUCCUGACCUUUCUAACCCCAAUAUUUCUAAUCCGACUACUACCGUCGCUCAAAGUUCAAGUGACCUUACACCUCAUGAAAUCGUUGUGGGCGCGUAUGCUAUAAUCCUUGGAGUUGAUAUGUUUGUUCGCACAGGAUUUGCACAAUCUGUUGUCACCUUUUUAGAUGGAAAUGGAAAUCAUAAUCUUCCAUCUUAUGAAACAAAUCCUAAAAUUUAUAUUAUGUUGGCAGCUAUGGUUGUUGCAUUUAUUCUUGGUAUGCUCUUCCAAUACAGAUUUAGAACUGAAAAGUUUUAUCCACAAGGAAGAGUUCCACAUUAUCGUAAUGUAGGAGAUAGACUUAAAAAUGUGGGGAAAAAAGAGAAACAGUUGGAAAAGUCGGAACACCCGACAAAUCGAGCUUAA